GGCAACAGAUAAGUAAAAAGUGAGCUCCUCGGACGCACGACAACACACCAACUGAAGUGGAAAGCGGCUCCUGUUCUUCUCUUUAUCCCAUUUCGGGCACUGCGUACAAGGCGGUCCGGCUUCAGACUGCUGCAGGACUGAAUCAAAAGCAACAGCUAAGAAGAUAAUCGCGCCUUCGCCUCUAUCGCCACUAUCAUUAUUCGAUUUUUUUCUUUAUGACACAAAUUUAGUACCUAACUUACUAUUUUUUAUAGGUGGAAAAGCAAUUCUGUUUUUGUUUUCCGUCUCGAAGAUUAAAUUUAACUAAUGACGGCAGAGGUUCAGCAGCCCCCAGCACAGACUCCUGCCCAGAGCAGCCCGAUGUCUGCUCCGGAGAAGCCACACGGACAAACGGUGGUGAUGGAAACUGCCUCCUCCACUACGAAAACCAAAAAGACAAACGCAGGGAUCCGACGACCAGAGAAACCACCUUAUUCCUACAUAGCUUUAAUAGUUAUGGCUAUUCAGAGCUCUCCAACAAAACGCCUGACCCUCAGUGAAAUAUAUCAGUUUCUACAGAGCCGCUUCCCGUUUUUUCGGGGCUCGUACCAAGGAUGGAAGAACUCCGUGCGUCACAACUUGUCCCUGAACGAGUGCUUCAUUAAGUUGCCCAAAGGCCUCGGUCGACCGGGGAAAGGACACUACUGGACUAUUGACCCGGCUAGUGAGUUUAUGUUCGAGGAAGGCUCCUUCAGAAGGAGACCCAGGGGUUUUAGGCGCAAGUGCCAGGCGCUGAAGCCCAUGUACAGCAUGAUGAACGGCCUGGGAUUCAACCACAUCCCCGAGUCUUACAACUUCCAAGGGAGCGGCGGGGGCCUAUCCUGUCCGCCCAACAGUUUGUCUCUGGACAGUGGGAUUGGGAUGAUGAAUGGACACUUGGCAGGUAACAUGGAAGGGAUGGGUCUGUCCGGACACUCCAUGUCACACUUGUCGACCAACAGUGGACAUUCCUACAUGGGAAGUUGUACAGGAUCCACUGGGAGUGAUUAUCCCCACCACGACAAUUCCGCCUCCCCUCUGCUCACCAGCGGAGGAGUCAUGGAGCCUCAUCCCGUAUACUCGAGUUCAGCCUCUGCGUGGGCUCCAGCCCCUUCGGCCUCAUUGAAUAACGGGGCUUCCUACAUCAAGCAGCAGCCUCUGUCCCCCUGUAAUCCAGGAGCGAACCCACUGCAGCCAAGUUUGCCCACACAUUCACUAGACCAACCAUACCUGCACCAGAAUGGCCACAGCACCACAGAUUUACAAGGUAUUCCUCGGUACCAUUCCCAGUCUCCCAGCAUGUGUGACCGAAAGGAGUUCGUCUUCUCGUUCAACGCCAUGACUUCCUCAGCCAUGCACUCACCGAGCAGCGGCUCCUACUAUCACCACCAACAGGUCUCCUACCAGGACAUUAAGCCCUGCGUGAUGUGAUGUCCUCCGUGGACAGUCUAGAGACUAGAAGAUGGUGUCACAGACUUGAGCCAUGAAGCAAAACGGACUGAAAUGAACAACGAAUGAGUAAACUACCACUGAGAGGCAUGCCCCAGUCCUGGAGAGUGCUCACUGCUUCAAGUAGAUUGGACUACUUCUCUGUGCUGUUACACACAGCGACAGAGACACGGAGACAGGCCAAUUAGAAAGCAACCACAUAAUAAUAUAUAAUAAUAAUUAAAACAAACUCUUUUAUGCCAUCUUCAUCAACAUCGACCAGCGGGGUAAAGCGUGGGCGUAAGACACCCUGCUGUUGUUUGGUACUUAGUCCUGCAGAGCGGAUGACUACCACUUCACACUUUUGUUCUUGUGUAUUCAUCUUGUUAAAGUAGGUCAAUGUUUAAAAAAAAGAAAAAAAAGAAAAAAAAAUGCACACA